AUGGGUCGCGGCAAGGUGGUGCUGCAGCGGAUCGAGAACAAGAUCAGCCGCCAGGUGACGUUCGCCAAGCGCCGCAACGGCCUGCUCAAGAAGGCCUACGAGCUCUCCCUCCUCUGCGACGCCGAGGUCGCGCUCGUCCUCUUCUCCCACGCUGGCCGCCUCUACCAGUUCUCCUCCUCCUCCAACAUGCUUAAGACCCUCGAGAAGUACCAGAGGUACAUUUUCGCUUCCCAAGAUGCUGCCGUGCCGACUACCGAUGAGAUGCAGAACAACUAUCUGGAGUAUAUGGAGCUGAAGGCAAGAGUUGAGGUUUUACAACGCUCACAAAGGAAUCUCCUAGGCGAGGAUUUGGCUCCACUGAGUACAAUCGAGCUUGAACAGCUUGAGGGUCAAGUAGGCAAGACCUUGAGGCAAAUAAGGUCAAGAAAGACUCAAGUACUGCUGGAUGAAAUGUGCGACCUGAAGAGAAAGGAGCAAAUAUUGCAGGAUGCAAAUAUGACCCUGAAAAGAAAGCUGGGCGAGAUCGAGCUGGAGGCGACACCUGAUCCCCCGCAGCAGCCGCAGCAGCAGCAGAUGUGGCAGGGCGACCGGGGCGUGCCGCCCCACACGCCUCCGCAGCCAGAGCACUUCUUCCAGGCCCUAGAACGCUAUCCUUCCCUGCAGCCAGUAUUUCGUGGCAUGGAUGUGAACCAGCCGCCGCCUGCAUGGAUGGCAUAG